AUGGCAGCUAAUAUACUUAAGAUGGAUUCAUCUAAAUCUUCAGCUCCUUUAGAAGAAAACUUAUCAAGAUCUUCUAGUCUUUCACAAGAAGACUCUUUUCACACUGCUCCUGAAGAAGAAGCAAAGCAAGAAAGCGACAAAUUCUUAGAUUUCGGAUUAUUGCAAAAUUACAUUGUCCAGUUUAUCAGUGAUUUAUCUCAAAAUCAUGACUUAUUAGCUGACGCUGAUAGUGAAAUAGCUCCAACACUGACUAAAAGACUGAAUAAAGAAAUAAAGGUGCUGACCAGAGGCUUGCCGUGCACUUCAAGUUAUUCUAUUUUUAUAGGAGUAGAUUCAGCUAAUAUGAAGCUUAUGAAAGCACUAGUAGCAGGAUCUGAAGGAACCCCAUACGCGCAUGGACUUUUUGAGUUUCAUAUAGCAGUCCCUAACACUUAUCCCAAUUUCCCACCUGUUAUGAGCUUGCAUACAGGUUUGGUAAAUACCGUCGCAUUUAAUCCGAAUCUCUACAAUAAUGGAUAUGUCUGCUUAUCAAUUAUUCUUUAUAUUCACUCACUUUUAUUAAUCCCUCUCUUUUUUCACUAUUUUUUAUUAAAAAUAAUCAUAACAAUAAAUUUAUUUUUGCAAAUAUUCCUCAUAAAGAAUAUAAAUACUUGGUCAGGAGAUCCUGAAGAAAUGUGAAGCCCUGACAAAAACCUACUACAAGUCCUUCUCUCAAUCCAAGUUUUAGUCAUGGACAACCAAGUAAUCCAAAAAGAGCCCAGCUGCUCAGAUAUGGCAGAAGACUCAAUUGACAACAUUAUUUACCAAAAUAUAAUAAAAUACGCCACUAUACAGCACACAAUGAUAGAUGUUUUGAGGAACCCUCCAAAAGGCUUUGAAAAUGUUGUGGAAAAUUAUUUCAGGAUAAAAAGGAAUGAAAUUUUGAAAAAUAUUAAUAAUUGGCUAGAAGAUGCCAGAGGACAGGGCAUUGAAUAUACAAUGGACGAUAUGGCUGCAGGGUAUAAUGAAAGCUUGUAUUUAGCACUGAAAAGUGAAGGAUAUGCAAAUGCAUUGCAGAGAGUCGCGAGAGAGCUGCAAGACGAAUUUAUUGAGAGAUAUGGGUCUGUGAAUGUAUAUAUUAAUGAAAUUGAAGCUCAGCCGAUGAUGUAUGGAGAUGAUUAUGAAGCGGGAAAUCUGAAUUUACCGACAAUUUUGAUGAGAGAGCCAUCGUCUUCUGAUCCACAAGCACCGGGUAUAUAAAUAGAAUGGAGUCUAGGCUGGGUAUUACUGAGAGGGAAAUACAUUUUAUUCAUAUCCGAAAGGCUUUGACAAUCCUGAAAUGGACAGCAAUGCUAGGAAUUCUGGUAAUUUACAGAGCCUAAACCUAGUCCGUUUUCAGGAUUGGAUUUUACCUUGAGGAAAAGGUGGAUUCAGAGAUGGAAAGGGAAAGCCCAGCAUCUGCAGGCAAUGCCUAGGCCAUUCGAGCAACUUCCUAGUGUGAAGCCAAAAUUUUCUUUUUGCCGAUAGUUGACAGGAAUUCCAUUUUUUGGGAUUUUUGUGCGAAUAGCCUUCCUUCAGCCCAGGUAGCAUGCCGCAUAAGUCCAUAGCUUUUCCACUCAGCACAGAGUUGAUAAGGCAAGUAUGAGGUGGAGACACAGAAUCCUACUUAGCAGGUGCCAUGAUGUCAGGUGGUGAAGAAUAGGAAAGGCGAUGUCCGAACAAGCAAGCUCUCUCUGUAGUCGUCGCAAAGAGGUUGAAUCUCCCUAGAGAUCCUUGGUGACUGUGCUACCAAUAGGUGAGCAAGCCAAAACCUGCACUUUAUGUUCAAGCAUAAGAUCCACAAGCCCCAGAAUCUGUACAUCCUUAUUUUCAACACUUAGGAGACCAUAGAUUUAAUGCAUCCGAUUGGGAUGCCCAAAAUGCGACGACUUAUUGUUAUGAUGCAAGCACACUUAACCAGCAAGGGCUUGCGAGGAUUAAUAAAGAAAUUAAAGCAUUGACUAGAAGUUUGCCAUGUGAGCCCUCUGGAGCUGUUUUUAUAGGUAUGGAUAGCUCGAAUAUGAGCAGAAUAAAAGCCUUAAUCUCAGGCACUGAGGAUACUCCAUAUGAGCAUGGGCUCUUUUUAUUUGAUAUUCCUUUCAGCUUUAUUUAUUUUCCUAUUAUUAGCUUUCUUAUAAAAAUGAUCCAGAACUAUUAAUUCUCCAUAAUUGGGAAUAUAAAAUUACCUCAAGACUAUCCUAACAGCCCACCUCUUAUGACUAUAAAAACUACUGGAAACGGUUUACAUCGAUUUAACCCUAACCUGUAUGACACUGGCUACGUCUGUCUAUCAGUAAUAAACACCUGAGACGGUGAUCCUGAAGAAAUGUGGAACCCAAGCUAUAGCACCCUCCUCCAAGUAUUUUUAUCAAUACAAGCUUUAGUCAUGAACCAAGCAGUCAUUCAAAAAGAACCUUCCUAUGAAGGCUACUCAAUAGACAGCAAAGAAAACAUGGAAUACAUCAUGAUUGUCAGAUAUGGAAACAUAAAAUAUGCCAUGUCCGCUAUUAUUCAGAAUCCGCCUAUUGAGUUUACUGAUGUAGUAGUCAAACAUUUCGCUAUCAAAAAAAAAGAAAUUUUGAAAACUGUCGAAAAAUGGCUUGAUGAGGCUAAAAAUUUUGUGUUUGAAGGGUAUGAAUAUUGGCUGCGUGCCAUUUUUUCUGCACUUUUUUGACAGUCAUGCGUGCUAAGCAGCAAUUUACUAAAAAAAUUUUUAUAUUUAGGCACUUGCUCUUAAAAACCGUGAAAUUUUUUCUUAAAAAAAAAAUUUUCUAAAAAUCAAGAAUCAUGAAUAUUUAAUCUCAAGCCACAAUGCUCACACUGUAGGGAUUUUUGCAGAAAAAGGAAUAUAUGAAGCCUUUUUAGAAGCUGUUGAAGAGCUCAAAGGGCUGCUAGAGAAUCUUCCUGAAUUGUAG